AUGGCGACACCUUGUGUUCGGCGCCCCGCGGGCUAUCAUCCUCCUUCUUUCGAUAACCAUCUUCCCAGUCCAAUAAGCACUCCCACAAUGCCAAACAGACAACCGCCUACUCUCGAUAGUAUUGAGGCUUCGUCAGUCGCUUCGCCAGUCACUCUGUCGGAGCAACAGAUUAGGAAUUCAUGCAUGAGGGAUCUUAAGGAGCAGAAGAAUUUCUCUCCGCAAAACCUCGAUUACAUCCUGCAUCUUCUGGCAAAUGAGCUUCCUCCGGGUUUCAAGAUGAUGCCUUCCAACUUCUUGGACCUAAAUGUGACGAGCAUACUGCCUGAUAAGCCAGAUAAGUUCCUGGCGCCAGUCCGCCAUACUGAGUCUAUGGGGCAUUGGUCCCUCGUUCUGGUGAGCAAAGAAAUCGAGGAUUCAUCAAACAAACCCUAUUUCCGAGCUUUACAUUACGACUCUCAACCGAACAUCAAGCGCGAUAAGGAUGUCGAGAGUAAGCUCUCCCAAUGGGUGUAUGGACAUUAUGGGAAGGAAACGGGGUUGAGGCUUGGGAAUGUUAUAGGUCCCAAGCAUGAACAACGAUUCGCUAGUGGACGGUUCGCCAUCAUGGCCGCCAUUGAGCUUGCCAAGUCCGGGACGAUCAACUUGAAAAACCCUCAGAGAUGGGAUGAUGACCCAGGAAAGUUAAUCAUGGACAUGCUGAAUGGUAAACGCGCGACUCCCCAUCAACAGCCGUCGCAGUCCCCCACGCCUCAAACCCCAUACAAGACCCCAGAGGCGCCACAACGUCGCAAGUCCACGCCGUUGACAACCUCGCCCAAAAAGAAGUCCCCAUACCCUCUUCACAAAAACGACUUGUUUUCACGUGCUACCCCACCAGCGGCAGAGUCUCCUGAUAGAAACAGCCAGCAGAAUAGCAUAUCGCCGCUUCGAAGUGACCGGGGGAGGAGCCAGACACCCUUCAAAAAUAUUACUAAAAGAAUAGCGAACGGUGUCAUUGGAGUGACGUCCCCCAAGCGACGUGUUACCGAUGCAAUUGAGGGCUCCAAGUUGUCUAUCGUCGACACACAUGAGCCCAAACCCAAGCGACGCAGGAUCGAGAGUUCUUUGACGCUCAACAUGAGCAAUAAAGACAUGGCCGCACAUCUCUCUUGUCUACAACUGCCGGACAGAUCUUCUCUGGUGAAAAAGAGUGACAAGUGUAUUGCCAAACUCCAUGAGAUGGAGCAGAGGUUGGAGGGGAGGGAAAAGGCGCUCCUAGAGAACGCCAAGAUGUAUGCAAAUUACAAACAGAAGCUUGACGACGCCGCAUUAGAACACCAGGCGGCCGAAGCUCAAGUUGACAAGAAAGUACAGGAAAAGAACGCUCGCAUCGAACAAUGCCGUCAGGUCGUUUCUGGAUUUGGAGAAGACAGUGAGGCGAAUGAGAGCGUGGCCAACGCCAUGAAGAUCCUGGAGGCUUCACUGGACAAGCACAUAAAUUCUCUCAGGGCCAAUGUCGAGGAAAAGGUGACGCGGAAGCGCAGAAUGAGCGAAAUGGUUGAGUCGGUAGAUCGAGAUCAACAGAUGCUACAGGCCGCAGUUGAUACGGCCAGGGGUCAGAAGGAAGAGGCAGAUCUCGAGGCCCAGCGGGUUUGUAGACAAGAGGACAAGGCGGCUAUAAUAGAAGAACAUGUGAGGGAAUCCAGGAGGUUUUUGGAGACGAAAUUGGAGAAUUACGACAGCUCUCAGGACAAGUGCGUGGGAGAUGGGAGUUGGUUAGCCGCUUAUAAAGCACGACGAGAUCAGAGACACAAGGAACAGGGGGUAUGA